AUGGUUUAUGAUACGACACUUAGAUUACCUGUUGAGUUUUUCGAAAGUUUCAGUAAAGACAUGUCCAAUUCAGAAUUCGUAAAAUCACUUCGAGACGUAAUGGAGCAAUUAAGACUAGUACCAAUGGCAAACAAGACUAGUACCAUAUCAAAAACAUUUGUACAACCAGAUCUUAAAAAAUGUGAUCAUGUUUAUCUACGCGAUGACACUGUUCCAUCACCUCUCAAAGCACCUUACGAUGGACCAUUUACGGCAACCGAUAGCGACAAUAAGCUGAUGACCAUUCUACGAGAAGACAAACCAGUACGUGUAAGUAUAGAUCGAGUCAACGCUGCCUCUCUCUGUGAUGACGAGCAAAAAACAGAUCAACAGCAGACAGCACAACAGUGCAAAACAUCGAAAAGCAGACGAAAAUAA